AUGGGAUUGUCCGGUGAAGAGAAGGCUUGGGAACGAAGUGCUUCUGGAAAACGGCGUUCGUCACAAGAGACUGAGAGGCGAGAAGUCUGCUCGGCGACUUCGUCCACGCUCACUCCUGCGGCAGCGGACCGCAGCGCGGCCCCGGGGCCCGCGGAGGACCGGACGCCCGGGCCACCAGGCAGGCGGGCGACAGGGCGGAGCUGGCUCUACUACGCGCUCCCGACCUGA